AAUUACUGAAGUCGAACAUCUCCAAUACAUAGUUACGUCGCAAGUUCGAAUGUAUCUUGUAAUAUACAACUCUUUCCUUCCCGUAGACCCUAUUUUGUGAUUAAUCAUUCUAACUCUUCUUUGAAACUGUAUUAGUUCCUGUCGCUAACUGUCGCCAAUGUUGACGCUCCAAGCGUCCCUAAAUUACUAAUGGGAAUGAAUUUAUCAUUCCCAGAACGCAUGGUACCACCCCACUAAACUCUUUGUCUUAUUUCCUUUAACACCUUUCGUAUCAAGGAAUCUAAUCAAGUAAAAGAAUUCUAGUUCUCGAGUUCAGACAUGCCUUCCAUGUGUGCCAACUGUUACAGUUCACUAAUAAAACAUUGAAUGAUGGAAAAUGCAGGAACUUCAAGUGUUGUAAACACACAUGAAAAGGAAAAGUUUCAAAAGUGGCUCUGCGUAGUGACGGAAGCGUUUAAAGUUCUGUCACCUGAACAGCAAUUAACAACCUUCUACACUCUUCUACAUCAGUGCUCUCCUAACCAACGCUACAAUUUUUCAAAACAAAUUUCUGGCAUUCUGUGCCAAGACAUUCUUAUUUCACUACCAACUGAGCUCUUGGAAAAAGUUUGCCAUUACAUUGAUGCAAAGUCAUUGGUGUCAGCUUGCUGUGUUAGUAAAGAAUGGAAUGGGUUAAUAUCUUCACUUAGUGAAGUGUGGUAUAGGAAAUGUUAUCAGAUGGGAAUUGGCCUUAUGAAACAAGAUGCUGUAAACUGGAAGACCCUCUGUUUAGCAGCUCUCAAACAGAUUGAAGGACUGCACACUGGGUCAGCCUUCCAUCAUCGAGAUAUUCGAGCAAGUUGCUUAAGUUUAGAACAAAUUACAGGUCUGGAUUACUGCGAUGGAUUUCUUAUUGCAAGUGCUGAUGAUCAAGUGGGUAUAUGGCGUACAGAUGACUAUGAGCUAAUUGGAUUGUUCUCAGUGCCGAAAAGAAUAUCCUGCUUGAAGGUGCAGGAUGCUAAGAUGUUAGCCUUUGGCCAUAGUUCUGGCCAUAUUACAACUUGGAAUCUGGACAUCUGUAAAGAGAGUUGUCGAGCUAGCCUAUGCUGGGAAUAUUAUGGACACACUGGUGUCAUCAUGUCUAUAAGUCUAAGUACAGAUAUAGAUCUCAUAUUGACUGGUGCUACAGAUUUCAUGGCAAAAGUAUGGUGCCUUAGCACUGGAAGUCUUGUAAAAACACUUUCAUGUCAUAGUCACUGGGUGAUUCAAGUGACUUUGUUGCCAACAUUAGAUUGCUUGAACAGCAGAACUUUGUACAAAGGGAAGCAUUCACUACUUACAAAAACUAGAGAUCAUAUUAGAAUAUUUUCAUGGCCAAAAGAAUCUAAAAAUGGUAAAAUAUUUGGAGAUAUGAAUGAGGUUGAGAAGUCUGUUAUAGAGAUUCCAUUGAAUCCAGUGCAUAACUUUUACACCCCUGGUUGCUAUGUACAGCAUGGAAAAGUGUCUUAUGUAAAACAGUCAAUGGUGAAGGACGAUGAAGAUGGUAAUGCUGAAAUUGUGUGUGAGAGUUUGGCUACAAGGACAAGAGUGUGUGAGGUGUACUUGAGGGAGAAAGUAAGGAAACUGUUGGCUAUAGGAGAGAAAUUUGCACUCAUUCUACUGCCCCAUAGUCGCACAAAUAAAUACAACCUACUAGUAAUUGAUAUGUCGAGUGGAAAUGCAAUUGGAGGGUGUCAUCUUCCACAUUCCAGUUCCACAACACCAGAUUUGGCACAAAUAGUGGUGGGGGAAACAGGAUGGCUUGAUGGACUAGAACAGCUGAAACCAAAUGAUAUGGUGAUUGCACUUGGAAUGCUUAAUGGGCAAAUCCGAGUUGUUAAAUGGCAGGACCACAGAGACAGACUCACAGGAUAAACUAAAGAACUGCUGUGUAUAAUGUAAUAGAAGAAAAGUUUCAAUAUACACUGGACAUAAAUUCAGACUAUGAUGUGAACAAUUCCUGAAAUGUAUUAUGUCUAUGUCAGAUCUGAUAUAAGGAUUCUUACUUGUGCUUAUGCAUUAUCUUUAUAUAUAUAUAUACUACCACAGUCAAUAACUUCGUGGAAUGGCCGCAAAGCCUUGUAUAGGAAUUUAC